AUGGCGCCACAAGGGAUCCCACUCAUCGACAUCAGCCCGUACCUGAACAGCGACUCGUCCGCCGAAAUCAAGGCCAAAGUCAUCGAUCAAGUCAAGUCAGCCUGCUCGACCUACGGCUUCUUACAGAUCACAGGCCAUGGCGUGCCCGCAGACACUCAACGGAACAUGCUGGACUGCUGCAAGACCUUGUUCGACUUGCCGCAGGCGCAGAAGGAUGCCCUCUCGCUCAAGAACAACCAAGCUCGAAGAGGCUACGAACGCAUAGGCUUCUACAUCGGCCGCGAGAUACCUCCCGAGAGCGCCGGCUUCCUCCGCGGACCAAACCAAUGGCCCGACCUCCCUGACCAGGCCUUCCAUGCUCCGGUGACUGACUACUACGAACACAUGCUCCGCCUAACCCACCACCUCCUGGAGAUGCUCGUUCUUGCCUUGGGCUAUGAGACCGAGAACUUGACGACUUUGACCGCCGAACCAGUCAUGAACUUGAAGCUACUGCAUUACCCACCCCACUCAUCAAAGGAUACACGACAAUUCGGCGCCGGUGCCCAUACCGACUUUGGCACUCUGACAGUCCUGCUCCAGCAGCCUGGAAAGCACGGAUUGGAAGUCUACCAUGCCGCUGACGAUGAGUGGCUUUCUGUCCCGGCGGUCGAGGAUGUGUUUGUAGUCAACAUGGGCGACUUGAUCCAGAAAUGGACGGGCGGCGAGUACUCCUCCACACGUCAUCGGGUCAUCAAUGCUGCGGACGGAGAUCGAUACAGCGUGCCUUGCUUCUACCAAGGAGAUCUGAGGGCGACAAACCCGUUCAAGCCCGGUGAAGUGGAUGGGGAGACGGUGGAGAUGCACAUACGGCGCAAGUUUGAUCAGAGUUAUGGGCUGAAUGGGAAGUAG